AUGCUAGGCUGGAUUCCAUCUCGUGAUUGUCGUUCUCAGCCUCCCGAUACCAAAAAAACUGAUCGGUACAUCAAUAAUGUUAGGCAAGCGCCCUCCUACCUUGAUUUUCGUUCGGAUCUAGAAACACUUGCAGGGUCUUCUGGCAUCACCUAUAUGCAAGCAUGGCCACCGACCAGCGUUUUUGAAAGUCUCUCCCCAAGCCUCACCUGGCGUCUCUCGUCUGCCACAAAAGCCGCCUGGGAAUCAGGAAAUGAUGAUGACGAUAUUACGGAUGGGUGUGAUGUAGACGAUGAUGGUUCCACUGACUUUGGAGAUGGUGCUGAUGCAUGCCUACGGGAGUUGUUUUCUGCCUUCAAUGUUUGUCUUGAAGAAGAGGAUGUGCUGCAUGCAGAUGACUGUCUAACGGACGAUGAACGCAACGCCGAUGAGGAAUACAUUAAUCAUGACUCAGAAUCGCCAUCAAGUCUGCAAAGUGGAAGUCUCAGUGAGGAGGGUAAAUUGAAAUUCACUAGUUAA